CUGGGCCGGCCCGGUUACAGAGAGAGAGUCUAAUAGGUUCGUACCCGAUCUCCCCAAACCCUAGCCGAGUUGCAGCUCCCUGUUUCCUUUUCCCCGAACUCCAGUACCAUCCUAAAUUCGGGCGCUCGAUCUCACCUGUUGUUCAGACAUGAAGACUUGCAAGCAGACCGCAUCGAUGGGAGCCGCCGCCACGGACGAGGCCCACAGCAAGUCGGCAGCGAAGAGCGAUGCAAUCCAAUCGAGGAAGGGGAAGAAGGCCAAGGGAAAAUUGGCGGUGAAGAGCAAUGGAGCGGAGAAGCCCAAAACCCAUGACCUUUCUGAUGUUACACGCGGGUUGGCGGUGAUGAGCAUUGUAGAGGAAAUGUCAGAGGAUGAAUUGCUCGCCUUGUACUGCUACCGGAAUAUCUUUUGGAUGAACAACUUCCCUGGCGUCUAUGACGAGCCGUCCGUACAUGCUAUUCGUAAGAAAGCCACUGAAAACUGGAAAUUCUUUAGCGAUUCGGAGAAGGCCCCUUAUCUAGCCAAGGCACGUGUGAACAAAAUACUCCUAGCUGAGGCUCACGCGUUCAAGAAGACACUGCGGUUGACGUACGCGUUGACGAACAAGAUGGUGAAUCUGAAAGUGUGAACACUCCAGAUCUCUAACAUGUGUUUGAAUAGCAGAAUUAUUCAUGUGUGAGCACCGGAGUAUGGAAUGAUGCCUGUAUCAAUGCAACUUUGUUUGCUUGCAGAAAUCUCUUUGGAUCGCACAAUUACUGCAACCAACUCCACAGCCUGAUUCUGUCUGGGCUGACACUUUGGAGGGUUCAGAUGCAAGUGCAUUUCAUGCUGCCAUAUGGUCAAUACUACUAUUAAAUAUGUUCGUGGUCCUAGCUUUAGAUGUUGAACUCUGUUUUGCAUACUGUGGUGUUUGAUUAGUAAUGUUGAAUGGCCGUUAAGUUAUAUUUCACUAUUAGAAACCCUAUGAUGACAUUGUGAGAUUACAACUGAAUAUUUUGUCGUUUUGUGUGAUUUUCGCCCGUGUGUUUGUAAUAAAGUUGGACAUUGUGGCCAA